AUGUCCCAAGGUGACUGGCACAUCGAAAAGGACGCAAACGUGAACUAUGACAUGCCGUUCAGAGGAUUACGAGCUUGUGCUGAACGUGCCUCGAAGCCGCGCACGACAAACUUGGAUCGAAUUUCGAAGACCACCAAGGAAUUGGUGAGAAGAAGGACCUUGCGGCUUGAUCCGAACGCAUCGCACACUGAGCGGUUAGUAGCAAACACUAGCUGUAGAAGAGCAUCGCAGGAGGAUCUUUCGAAAUACAGGCAGAAGAUUCUAGAAGCAGCACAAAGAAGAACGAGUCUAAAGAAGUGCCGUAGGGAUCUCCGCGAAUAUAAUAUUCCGCUAGCAGCUUUGUUGAGCGAAGACGGGACUCGCACGUCUUCUCGUCGUGAGAUGGAAAUCAUUACGGAGAGGUUCCACUCGAACCUUUUCCGUUCAUCAACUCAUUUGUCAAGUCCGAUCAUCCCUACUGGUGAAGCACCACCACGUAUUCUCCUUUCCCUGAUUUAA